GUGCCUGUGGGACGCUGGUCUAUUCACAGCUUGCACAGAAUCCCGACAAGUCAUCACCAGUCACUUCCAUUGCCAGCAAUGGAACGCGGCAAAGAAGGCAUUUUUCGACCGUCUUGGAAAUGAUUCAUACUCGGAACACGUGAAAGUCGAGUCCCUCGACAAGGACGCCAUUCCCGCCACUAUGACGGUCCUGGGGAACAAUGAGCAUUGGCAACUCAUGGUCCGUCCAUACCAGGACCUGUUCUGCUUGACCCCACUCAACUGGGGAAUGCACAUCGAUUGGGACACCAUCUUUUAUUCACUUCCUUUUUCUGCCUCGUCCAGUGGCUAUGGGCGCGUCAGAAACGUUGCCGUGGAGUUCGACGCCAGCUGGAACUUCAACUUGCCAAAAACCAUGGAUGAUCUCCUGCGCGAGAGAACCCCUCGUGGGCUCGUUGCCAGAGCGGUGCGUGAGGAUUGCGACGCGAGCCUCUGGCUAAUCGAUCGCUACGCCCGGCGAUCAACUACUGAACAAACACCAACUUCCUGCCCCAGGAUCUUUCAUGAUUGCGAGCAGGAGUAUGUCGAAACUACACAAACAGAGGUCCGUGACUCUGAGGUGGAGUACACCCACACUGCCGCCUUCUUUAUGGACCAAAUGGAGUCGCUCCGCAAUCCUGAUAAUGAUCCAAGAAUCGCGUUUUACCUCGCAAUGAUCGGUGACAUUUGGGACAGCAUGCACUUUGGUAUCCUUACCUGCAGCCCUCACGGAAGUCAAAACGCCUAAAUGAGAAACAAUUGGGUAUGCCUUGCAGUGUGUGCAAGUCACCAUGCCUUUCCCUCCCUUGCAUGAGCUGAAUUGGCCGAGUUAUUGUUCGUCAAAGUGGCGCAACGACGAGAGAGAUGACGAAGAUGCGGGUUGUGUCGCCGCUGCUCUGGACGAAGUGUGGGGGUCGUACGCUGGGUUGGUUUUAGAGGCAGUCGUCUUUCGGUGCACUUUUCUACUUUUGU